UGCCAUUUCCAGAGUUUGUACAUUAACAAAUUCCUCCUAGAGCUUUAAUCAGAUCAACAUCAUAUUUGAUCACUCUAAUCUAAAGGCCUUUGAGACAUUGAACUGCGAAGAUAUAGAGUUUAUAUUGAGGCACGUGUCCGUGGCGGCCUGACAAAAUUCGAUGUUUUGCCAUGAAACAGGAAGUUGUUGUAACUCGGGCAUACAAUUUCUGAUCUGCCCCAAACUUCACAAGUUUGAUAAUAGUCCUGACCUGAAGACAUCUACAUGGCAAUAUUCAGUUACAGUCAAAGUGGCACCUGCUGGCAGCAGGAAUUGUGGUGCAUCAUAUUUUUCCUCUAUUUAUCCGCUUAAAUGAAUAUCGCCCACUGUUCACUGUUUUCCUAAGGCCACCGGGUGGCGGUGAGCCUGGGUGUGAGGGCCUUUUCAUCGCUGUUUGCAGCUUUAAUUUUUUAAUAUAACUCCAAUUGUCUUUGUCUUAAAAAAGAUAGUCAUAAACAGCUAGGAUGGCUUGAGGGUGAGUAAAUCAUGUGAUAAUUUUCAUUUUUGGGUGAACCAUCCCUUUAAGUGUUAAGACAUGACUUCCACCGGACACACAGGCCAAAUUCCUAUAGUCAUCCAUGACAAUGGGAAAGACCAGAGAAUACAGUAAUGAUGUGUGGCAAAAGGUUGUUGAGCUUCACAAAUCAUGAAAUGGUUAAAAGAUAAUAGUUUAAUUGUUGGGAUUCUUAUUUCCACUAUUUGGGCAUUAAUUUAGAAGUUUAACUCAACUGGAGAUGGUGACAAUGUACUUGGAAGAGUACGUGUCUCUAUAUUGGCCCCACAUGCACAGAAGAGGAUGUUUGGGUCACCAAACAACUGUAAGGAUUAAAAUUUGGACAAUUGCAGCCGCUAGUUGGGUCUUAGGGUCAGAAAGACACCAAAACUAUGAUCAGACCUCACCUAUAUAGCCACAACCUGUUUGGGAAGGUUGCAGUAAAAAGCCUUUGGUGCCAUCAAACAGCAUAUCAUGCACAUGUGCCAAAAAUUUUUUUUUUUAUUAUUAUCAUUAUUAUUUCAACUAUCUGACUUUAAUCAGUUUUUUGUGAAUAUUUUGAAUGAAAGACUAAGAGGAAAAAUUGCAAAAACAAAAUUUUCACAGUCCGUUUUGCUCAUAUUUACCAAGAUGCCAAUAUUUUGUGGAGCCCACUGUAGGCUACUGAGUCUUAGUGGCAAUAAUUUACAAUCUUAUUUCCAUGCAAUAAGAUAUCAAUUUCAUGAGGUUUAUCAGUGGCUGCACCGAUGGAUGUAUUGACAUGACGUGUAGUAAAGUACUGGCUGUGUGUGUGCCAAUGCCAGACUGUAGUCGAAAAAAGUUUGUUUUUUUCGUGUGCCCUAAAACAGCAGGCCCUGCAAUUUUUCAUUGUCAAACAGAGGGCUGUGGAAGCGUGUCAUUGUGAUCAUAGACAGAGCUGCUGAUCUGGAAACAAAAGCAGAACUCAAAAGAUCAUUCAACACGGCAAAGCCCUCGACAAUGCUGGUGCUUUUGCUGGCCUUGUGCACACAGGACUUCACUGGAAGAAUCCAUAGGGACACCAUGUGAAACACCAGUGUUUUUGCUAUUUGGCCCCGUGGCCCGAACGGGCAGAGUUUAGUCUAGCAUGAGACAGCGGAGGGUGAGCACCCCAGUUUUCACACACUAAAGGUGCUGAGGGGUAAAGCACUAAGUUGAAGAUUGCCGAGGUGGAACCAUCACGCACACGGUAUGUUGAAGACCAGCAUCCUGCGUGAGGUGCGCAAGGAGAAGUACGAGCGCUCCGAUGUCGUCGAGGAGCCCAGCAGCCCAGAGACAGAGUCGGCUCCGGCCGGCAGGCCCUCGACAGCGGGCGUCCCGGGCUGGGAGAGCCUGCAGGAGCUGAACAGCCGUUUCGCGCGUUACAUCAACCGGGCGCGUGUGCUGGAGCAGCGCAACGCUGUGUUCCGCAAGCAGCUGGAGACUCUUCAGCGCAUGGAGGAGGCGGCCGGACUGGAGGAGGCUUUCAGCGAGCAGAUCGGCAUCAACAGGCAGCGCAUCCGAGAACUGCUGUCUGACCGGGCCAAGCUGGAGAGAGAGCUGAAAGAUGCCGAACGCAUGCUGGACGAGUACAACAGCAGAUACAGAAACGAGUGCGCAUACCAAGAGCAGCUGCGGAACACGCUGGAACAGCUCAAUAAGGAAGCCGACACAGUGCUAUUGAGGAACCUUGAGUAUCAAAUCCAACUUCAGUUCCUGCAAGACGACGUCAAUGCCACCAAAGAGAGGCACAAAAAGAACCUUGCUGAAAUCCAGACGUAUCUAAACAUCCUGCAUCAGAUCAACCAGACUAUUCCCCUCAUGGCGAGCUCGUCCGUCUCAGAGGAACAGGAGCGGCUGAACGCUCAAAGGCGGGUGCCGGCCCUGCGGAGCCAGCUGGAGGAGUACAAGAGCGCCAUCUGUCAGCUGCAGGCUCAGAAGCAGCGACUGCAGACCGAGACCUCUGGGUUGGAACAAACCAUCAAGACCACACAAGAGAGCUACGACGACGAGAUCCAGCUGUACAACGAACAAAUCGAGACUCUCAGAAAGGAGAUUGAAGAGGCUGAGAGAUCACUGGAGAAAUACACCAAUAAGUGUCGACAGCUGGCCAUGUACCAGAGCUCUCUGGAGAACGAACUCGAGCGGUACACGAGGAUCAUCGAGAAUGAGGACAACAGAUUGAAUUCAGCGAUAAUUGGGACACCUAUUACUCUCCUCACAACCAAUUAUAAAUGCACCCACAGUCCUACCAUGAACAGGAAAGGAAAAGAUAUCACCCAAGCCAUCCAAGACAUCACUAACGUAAAGCCUCGUCAGAAGCACUUGGCUAAGAAAGUGUUAAAAAAGAAAGAGAUCACUUCCAAAGGAGCUAGUGGACUUGAGAAGGCAACAGAAGAAUUUGAGGAGGAAGUGAAAGAACAAGUGAUUGAGGAGCAGGGAGCAAGAAGAGAGGAGCAUGCUCCUCGUGAGGAUGUGCCUGAUGGUGCACAGAUCAGCAAGGCCUUCGACACGCUCUGCAAUAUGUUCCGUGAUCGCAUGAGACGGGUGAGGAGACCCGAGCCGAUCGCUGACUUCUUCACCAAGGGACGCUACGUACUAGUGACAGGUGACUCUAGCUACCUGGAUCCCUGCUUCUGUUCGACCACCCCUUCUGCCAGUCACAUCUAUGUUACAAUCCAAGAUGGCAUGAUGCCUUACGAUCCUUACUGGAGAGGUACACCUUCACCUCCCCCUACUCCCCUAUCCGGACCAACACCCCUAACCCCUUCCACACCUUCAGAACCAGAGAAGGGAAAAGAAAAUGGAGAUAGGGAGAAGGGUGGAAAUGGUGCGAAGGAAAAGUCCAAAAAUGGAGAGCCUGAUCCAAAGGCGAAAGAACCAGAACCAAGCCCCAGUUCACCACCAGGUCCUCAUGACAAAACAGGCCCCAGUCCUCCUCCAGGCCCCAGGCAGCCCUCACCCAGAAGAAAGUCUCCGGAGGAUUCCAAAGGUUUCCGAGGCCCUCCACCCAUGCCAUCGCACAGUUCCAUCCCCCCUGACUCCAUGAGUUAUGAGAAGGUCGAAGUAGUGGAGUCAGUGGAGAAGCUCUCGCCUGACAAAAAAGUGAAGGGCUAUGAAGAGACAACCACAGUGGUGGAGACCAUGAUCGAGAAGACUAGUAGAAAGAAACAUGCCGAUAGAUCUUCUUGAGCGUUGCCCGUCAAUGAAACAUUCCGAAAGUUCUAUCCAUUCUUGCCUCGAACUUUCUCCGGUUUUGCCUCCUGCCUGCCGUUGACGAGAUUCCUAGUGCUGCUGUUAACAUCCUGCACCAUUGCCUUUGGCCUUUACUGUCUGAAAACUUGGGAAGCCAAAAAUAAAUUGCCCCAUCUCCCCCCUCACACAAAAAAUGACUAAGAACCGUGACAUGGAGAACCUUACUUGCCCGUUCCAAUUGGAUUCACAGGCUCUAUUCCAAAACCUUGUGAGCUGCCUUCUUGAGCACCAACUACAUAAAUGAUUGACUUGAAAUGCUCUACCUAGGCAGCAACCUGUGCACAGGUGAAUCUAAAGAAAUAUUUCAAAAGAGUUUGGUGUUACCAUGUUGCAAAGCUUACAACACAAUGCUCACAAAACAGAACCAUAAACAUUGAUGGCUUACAAAUACUAGGUUAAAUAGUACAUUUUUAGUUUUAUAUUUUAGAUUCUGCUUUUCCUCUUGCUUCAUUCACCAUGUUGGAUGGAUAUUGUUUUACUCUGGGAUUGCCUUCUCUGCAAAAGAUACUUGCAAUGCUGCCUUAGAAUUUUUUUAAGUCCUGGUAUCAUAAAAGGCAGUGAGAGAAAAGCUGCCUACCUUUUGGAACAGUGAUUGCAUCUGGUCUUAAAAUGCUGCCUAGGCAGAUAGUUCCCUAAGUUCUGGAACAGAGCCAUACAUCUACCCCAAUAACAUGUACACUAUCACCCUCUUUCGCUCUUACCCUGAAGUCAAACUACAGCAAAUGUUUAGAGUUUUAUUUGCUAGUAUUUUUUUCAAUUAAGGAUGCCAGCAUUGCCCACCACAGUCUUGAUGUGUAAUAACUGCACCACAAAUAAACUUCGAAACCACAAAUCUCA